AUGCUGCUAAGUCAUGAGGUAGCUUCUUUGACGUUUUUUAGUACCAUACAAGCUAUCUAUGUUUAUUUUUCAAGAUCAACUCUCCGAUGGAAAAGACUGAAAACUGCUCUAGGUGUAUCGUUGAAGUCGGAGUCAGAAACUCGUUGGAGUGCCAGAGUAGAAGCUGUUAAACCGGUACAUGAUCAACUCGAAACCUUAGUAGAGUUAUUUGAAAAUAUUGCAGAGGAUCAUGAUGAAAAUGCAGAUACAAGAAGUGAUGCAAUUCAAUUGUUGCAUCGGAUCUUAACUUUUGAGUUUUUUGUUCUUCUUCGAUUCCGGAAUACAGUACUUGCCAAGAUUGACAGGGUUCAGAAAAGGCUUCAAGGCCCCACUAUGAAUUUCCACAAUGCUGCUCGAGAUAUUCAAGCUUUACAAGACUAUCUUCUACAAAACAGAGAUGAGAUAUGCAUGAAAUCUCUUGGAGACGCCAAGGAACUGUGUAAUGCUUGUGAUGUCCAAGCUGAAAGACGACAGAGAAAGAAAGAAGAAGAAAAUGCCUGGAGAAAUUGCAGAAGAUGUAGGACUCACAGCAGAAAAUGA